UUGCAUGGUUCAAUGGUGCCAACCACACCAGAUGAACCGCAUCAAUUUCUGCAAAUAUAUUUCAUUUCGUCGAUGGUGGAUCAGCUGAACGUGCGGUGCAAUAUACAGGGAGCACAACAGUUAAAGAGACGAAUUAUUGAACAGUUGCAAGCAUUUUUUCACGCUAAUAAUGCUGUGGUUAAUAUGUUCAAAACAGCAUUGGAACGAAUGCCAUCGGAUACGCACAAAUUUGUCAUAAGAGCGGAUUGUACUCCAACAGGUGAACAUGUGCGAAGAUUCAAUGCACCCACCGUUAAUGAUGUUGCUGCAAUUAUUGUUGGCGAUCCAACUAAAUCACGAGACAUUGUCGUUCAGCGAAGAAGCAAUAUCAUGCAUCGUGUAAACGAGACACAUCGUUUGUACGAUGCGUUACAAUAUCCAAUCAUUUAUUGGCAAGGGCAAGACGGAUACGACAUCACGUUGAAGAUGGUCGAUCCAAUUACAGGAGUAUCAACGAAUAAUAAAAAUCUAAGCGCAAUGAAUUACUAUGCGUAUCGUAUGAUGAUUCGUACACAUGAGGAGAAUGUCAUUCUGAAGUGCGGUCGGCUAUUCCAGCAAUUCGCUGUCGACAUGUAUGUCAAAGUCGAGACCGAACGUUUAGCGUUCAUCAGAUUCAAUCAGCCAAAGCUACGAUCUGAGGACUAUAUACACUUGCGUGAUGCUAUUCAUUCAGAUGGUGAUGUUCAGAAUAUUGGACGACUGACGGUUCUCCCAUCAACUUAUAUCGGAAGUCCACGCCACAUGCACGAAUACGCUCAAGACGCUAUGACGUACGUGCGAAAUUAUGGAACUCCGGAUUUAUUUAUUACGGUCACAUGCAAUCCGAAAUGGACGGAAAUUGAACGCGAGUUGGAACCGGGUCAAAAACCGCAAGAUCGCCAUGACAUAAUCGCCAGAGUAUUUCAGCAAAAACUCAAGGUUAUGAUGGAUGUGCUUACUAAGUAUCGAGUUUUUGGUGACACACGUUGUUAUAUGUACUCGGUGGAAUGGCAGAAGCGUGGACUACCGCAUGCUCAUAUCCUAAUUUGGUUGCUGAACAAAUUACAUUCAAAUGAAGUGGAUGACAUCAUAUCAGCUGAAAUUCCUGAUCCAGUCACUGAUCCCCGUCUACACGACAUUGUGACGACACAGAUGGUGCAUGGACCGUGCGGUGCAUUAAAUCCAUUAUCGCCUUGCAUGGCUGAUGGAAAGUGCACAAAACGAUAUCCGCGACCGUUAGUUGCUGAAACAGUCACAGGGAACGAUGGAUAUCCAGUUUAUCGUCGGCGUUCAAAAGAAGAUAACGGUCGAACUAUCAAAGUUAAAGUUCAAAAUCAAGAGAUUGAGAUCGGAAAUGAAUUCAUUGUACCAUAUUGCCCGCUGCUAUCACGAAUUUUCGAAACACAUGCAAACGUUGAGAGUUGUCAUUCGGCCAAAUCAAUCAAAUAUUUGUGCAAGUACGUCACAAAAGGCAGCGACAUGGCUGUGUUUGGUAUUGCGUCGGAAAAUGUGAAUGACGAAAUCAGCAACUUCCAAAUGGGCAGAUACGUAAGUACUAAUGAAGCACUGUGGCGAUUAUUGUCAUUUCAAAUUCAUGAAAGAUAUCCCACAGUUGUACAUUUAGCAGUGCAUUUGGAAAAUGGCCAAAGAGUUUACUUCACUGCGGCUAAUGCGGCACAACGAGCUGAGAGACCACCAUCGACAACAUUGACUAGCUUCUUAAAACGAAUCUGGUGGCGAAACGGAGUUCGCCGGGUCUGCUAG